UGUUGAACACCUAGUUGGUUGUAUUAUUGGUGAAGUGGUGGUUCAAGUGAUAGGUUAAGUGUUUGUUAGUAUUGUCAAUGAUGCCUCUUCAUAUUGACUGAUAUUAGCAGAUUGUCUUUAAAGCUAGUCAUGUAGUUAGACAUGUUGUCUAUGAUGGCUUCUCUUUUGGAAGGUAUCAGUAGCAUCAAUAAGUGCUUCUGCCUUAGGGUUAAUCACACGGUUGUUCAUGUUGUGUGUUUUGAUAUGUGACUGGUUGAAUGCUAUUGACAUGUUGUUGGCAAAGUAAACUCUUUACAUCAGUUAAAUGAAUUUGAGUUUGCUUCUUAGUUAAGUAGCUGAAAUUUUGGUAUGUGCCAGCAAGUGGAGAUGAGUUCAGAUCUUUUGUGUAUGAUUGAGGUGGUUCUCUCUGAUGCUGAGGUUGCAGAUUUUGAGUCAGAUUCUGUUUGCUGAAUCUGAUCAGAUUCUGUAUGCUGGUGCUCUAUUUAUGAUUGCCCAGAUGAUCUGUAUUCUUAUUCCUGCAUUCUUUGCUUUCCAAAUGUGUUUGGAUAAUGCUGGGAACAUUUCCAGGUAUGAAGGUAGAAUGUCAUGUAUUGUUGGUGCUGGCAACUUUUGAAUGUAUUUUCAGUUAACCAUAUAUAGCAAGUCAAAGUAUUGUUAGAGAUUACAGUGGCACAUUACAAUUUUACUUUUAGACGUUUGCUUUUCAUGUGUCAGAUCUCAAUAUUUUGCAGCACUUACAUGUUUGAUCUUCUCUUCAUUAGUGUUGACAUAGGAUAUCUGCAAUGAGGCACACUAUGAUGCUAAGCAUAUUCCUCAUACAUCUAAAACUCACCUUUACACUACUCUUGUUGAACAGAUGGUGGACUCUGCUUAGGAAGUGUUUACUGAUAAGUAAGAAGUUUUCUGUAACAUUGGUUUUACAUUGUUGUCAUAUGAUGGAUAUAUAAUGUACCUCUAGCUUGUGUGUUUGGGAUAGCUGUUGUUUGUCUCCAGUGAGUGUUUAACUUUCUUUACUGACAGCUUUUCAUCACUUCAUUGCAGUUUCCGCAGCUUUGUUGAAUGGAAUUUUAUUUGAGGAUAAAGACCAUAUUUCUUUGCUGAUGCUGUUAGAUAUUUGUCUGAUGAUGCUAAGGUAGUGGCUUUGAUUUUGUAUGGAUGGAUAUAUAGGGGUGGUGUUUGGUUUCUUUAACAGUUCAUAUAAUAUUGUAGCUAAAUCAAAUGUGACAUCCAAGAAGUUUACUUUUGUCAGCUUUAGCUUUAGCUUGCCCCUACAGGCUGAAUGCAAUGAAUGUCAGUAUUAUUCAUUUUGGAAGUGAAUCAGCUGUAUGUCCACUUGUACCAUUUGCAAUGAUGAUUCUCUUGUCCCUGAAUACACCUGCAUUAUUCCAUUAAAGAAUGUCUCUAUGCUUUGGAGUAGGUACAUAAAAACAUGCAUGUGUGUGUAAAAACCCAUCACACACACUCAUAUCUAUGUGUGUGCGUGUGUGUAUAUAGGUGGUAAAUACACAUGGGAGAAACAAGCUUAAUUUAUUCCAAACAUAGUAAGUUUUUGUCAGCCACAAAAUUUGAGGCACUUCAAAAAUCCCAUUAACAUACUGUAUGCAGGCCCCCAUCUCUCUCUCUCUCUCUCUCUCUCUCUUUCUCUCUCUCUCUAUGUGUACAUACAUACACACACACACACUCCCACAUUUAUACAUACACAUAUGUACAUUAUAUAUCUGUGUAUAUAUAAAGUGGUGUGUUUUUACGUUAUAAAUUGUCAGUGAUAUUACAUAUGGGGAAGAAAGAUGCACAUACAAAAAAAUCUCAUCUUUAGCCAGGUUAUUUUCCUUUAUUUCCUGCCAUUCACUAUCUGGGUUAGGAAAUAGGGGUUUUAGUCAAGAUGUAUAGACAGAUGAAGGGAGAGAAAGAAAUCAGAUAAGUAAGAGGAGAGAAGUUUUAAGGGAAAUUUAUGCUUUUGUGGAAAAGUACUUUUUUUUUAUUAAGAACAAAAAAAAAGUCAAGAAAUGUUCCCUCUGAGUAAUUCUUGAGAAUUUUAUUUUUUGACAUUGCUCUUCUGUUUUGUUUUUGUUGUUUUGUUGUUGUUGAUUUUUUUUACAUUUAUCUACAAGAAUCUUCCAGGAUAAAAGUGAGAAAAUAAAAACAAAAAAUAUUUUUAAAGAAUUUCAUAAACCUCCUGCCCCACUUCUAUCUGAUUUACCAAUCUCUCCACCACCUCACCUUCCUUCGUAUACAAAAAAAAAAAUGAAAAACUGACUGAAUACCGUCAUUUUCCUGCUCUGUCAUUUUUGUUUUUAUUAUUAUUACCAUUAUUAAAUAUUUUUUUCCCUAUCUAAAACUGAAUUAGUUGAAAUAUUAAGAUAAGGAAAGGAUAACAAAAUGUAAAUUGAAAUAAAGGAAAAUAUAACAUAAAAAAAUUACUUUGGAAUAAUACAUAACCAAAUAUAAGAUACAAUAAUGAAAAAUUAUAUAAAUAUAAAUAAUAUCUUGAGACAGGAAGCUGAAUGAACCAAUUCUAUGGCUGACAAUACACGUCAGAUGUUAUAUCAAUCAAAGUGUUUGUCAAAAUACAUAUCUAGCAGAAAUCUUUUUUUUUUUCCAUUUCCAUUGAUUGUGGCGCUGGAGCAACAACAAAUCCUUCUUCUCCCAAACCAUCCCACCAACCCACAAACCCAAAAACAAUACCAGUAAAAGCAACAACUAUAAAACAAUACUUACAUGCUUCAGGUAUGGAUUUUUUUUUUUACAAUUUUGGCAUCUCUCCCAUCCCCCACCCCCAACCAUCCACUGAUAUAUUUUAAACUUGAAUCUUUAAAAAAAAAUGAAGAAAUAUACAGAAGAAGUAAAUAAGAAAAAAAAAAGAAAAAUUGAAAAAAGUUA